AAACAAACUCGAAAAGCCCUAAAGGCCUAACUAAACCCAUCAGUCACUGUGUUUAAACCAAGGCGGCGUAAUUCUCAAUCUCCGGCAUCAAUGGCCAUGCUCUCGCACCGUCUCCGGCGAGUUCUAGUCGCCGCACCUUCCUAUUUCCAACGAUCCUUCACUCUAUCUCGUCCCUCCGAUUUUAUCACUCCCGUCUCAUCGUUAUUACCUAGAUCCGCGGUGAAGCAAUCCGCGGAAUCAAAUCGAUCUCCGACGAGGUUGUUCUCGACGGCUCAGUAUCAGUACGAUCCUUACACCGGAGAAGACUCGUUCACUCCCGAUAACGAAGGAUGCGAUUUUAAUCAUUGGUUAAUCACAAUGAACUUCCCCAAAGAUAAUCUCCCAUCUAGAGAUGAAAUGGUUUCGAUUUUUGAGCAAACUUGUGCUAAAGGACUUGGUUUAAGUUUGGAAGAAGCUAAGAAGAAGAUAUAUGCAAUUUGCACAACGAGUUACCAAGGGUUUCAAGCAACAAUGACUAUAGGAGAAGUCGAAAAGUUUAGAGAUUUGCCUGGUGUGCAGUACAUAAUUCCUGAUUCUUAUGUUGAUGUUGAGAAUAAGGUGUAUGGAGGAGAUAAGUAUGAGAAUGGAGUGAUUACACCUGGGCCAGUUCCUGUUCCUACUAAGGAAGGUUUUGAUUCUUUGGAGAAGGGACAAGAUAAAGCUCAAAGAAGUGAAGCGAGUUCAGAUCAGGGUCUAACCCCAGGAGAAGAGCUAGCUCAGAUAAUUGAAGUGCCUCCAGAUCAGAGGAGUUUGAAGCAAAUGCAAGGAACUCUGGCUCUAGGACAGGGGCAAGGUCAAGGAACUCGAACGUCAAUCCCAAGACAAGGGCAAGGGGAAGGUCAAAGAAGUCGAAUGCCAAUUCCAGUACAAGGGCAAAGUCGAGGUGAAGGAAGUCGAAUGCCUUCAUUUCAAGGGAGUUUCAAACAAAGCCAGGGAACUCCGUCUGUAGGUCAAGGGCAAACUCAAAGAAGUGUAGUGCCUUCAUUCCAAGGGAGUGUCAAGGAAGGCCAAGAUAUACGUAUCCAUGGACAAGGGCAAGCUCAGCAAAGUCAAGUACCUUCAUUUCAGGGUAGUUUCAAGCAAGGCCAAGAAACCCCGACCCUAAGACAAGGACAAGCUCAAAGAAGUCAAAUGCCUUCAUUUCAAAGUGGUAACAACCAAGGUGAAGGAAGACCAGUCCCUGGACAAAGGCAAGGUCAAGGAAGUCAAAUACCUUCUAAUCAGGUGGGUUACAGCCAAGGUCAAGGACCUCAGACACCUCCAUACCAAGGAUUACCAAACAAUUACGCUCAAGGACCCCGUCAAGGAGCAUCGGUGUACUACAGCCAAGGAGCACCACAAGCAAACUUUGUCCAAGGGACGCCAGAAAAUUACAACCAAAUGGGACAAGGGAAUUACACUCCGCAGAGUGUUGGAAACUGCGGUCCUGCACAAGGAGCAGGAAGCCCAGGAUUUGGACAUGGGUAUCCUGGAAACGGGCAAGGUCAAGGAGGUCAGUUAUUGUCUCCAUAUCAAGGGAGUUACAACCAAGGCCAGGGAACUCCGGUACCAGGACAAGGCCAAGAAGGUCAAAUACCUUCAUAUCAGACGGGUUACAGCCAAGGAUUGGGAGCUUCGGUGCCUACAUACCAAGUAACACCAGGAAAUUAUGGUCAUUGGGCAUUUGUGAACUACAACCAAGGACCACCACAUGGCAACUUUCACCAAGGGCCCCAACCAAAUUACAUCCAAGGAGGUCAAUGGAAUUACAGUCCACAGAACGGUGGACACUAUGGUCCUGCACAGUUUGGGCAGUGGUAUCCCGGACCCACUCAAGGCCAAGGAAAUCAAAUGCCUCAAUAUCAGCUUGGUUACAAUCAAGGCCAAGGACCUCCAUUCCCUGGACAAUGUCGCUGUCAAGGAUGUGGAAUGCCUUCAUAUCAGUGGAGUUACAAUCAAGGCCAAGGAACUCAAAUCCCUGGACAAUGGCAAGGUCAAGGAUAUGGAAUGCCUUCAUAUCAGGCUAGUUACCAUGGAAACUUCAAUCAAGCAACACCAGGCAGUUACGGUCAAGGGACAUCUGCAGUGAAACCAGCGAAUUACAAUAUGCAGAACGGUGGAAUCUAUGGUCCUACACAUGGAUCAGCAGGAACUCCAGGAUUUGCACAAGGUUAUACUGGACACCGGCAGAAUGAAACAUUUCAACAAGUGGAUCAGAAAAAUGUAGCAGGUGACUGGAGCAACAACAAUCCUGCAAACCCAACUGAUACCAGAAAACCAAAUUCCUGAACAUAAGCAAUUACACAGUUUACUUGUCUCAUAGCUUUAUGAAAACAGAAGUCUGCAGUUCACUCUUAUUGCUCUGUAUAUAUGUUGCAUAGAUGAUUCCAUUGUUUCCGUUACUACAAAUCUACAGUAAAAGAAUGAAGAUCAGAUGAGAGUAA